CUCAAACAUGCUCAGUCCCUCCAUUCCAACAAUUUUCCUGUCUCUCACACACACACACACUCUCGCAUUCAAGCUGCGGCAAGCAGACGACUCUAAUCCAUUCAGCUGCUCUCAACCAGCAUAUGUGAUACAGUGGAACUGAGAGAAUCUGAAUUUGUGACGAGGAAAGGAGCUUUCGAUCGCUUUCAUGCAACGCUACAUACUUCCUCUUCUCCUCCUCCUCGGAGUGAGGGGGGGACUUGGGACCCAUCUAACUCCGAUCCUCAGCCCUACCGAGACCCCCAGCACACUGGCAGACCCCUGUGAGGGCGGACCCUGUCUGAACGGGGGCGUCUGUAGUCGGGUGGGAGAUGCGGAGGACAGUCAGAGCACCCAAAUGCAGUCUGACUUUUUUGCUUACACCUGCAUCUGCAGUCAGGGUUUUACUGGACAGAACUGUGAGUUUUUUGCAGAUCCCUGUGCCAGCAGCCCUUGUCUCCAUGGAAACUGUAGCCAGGAUGGUGAGGGGGAUGGGUUUGUAUGUGAAUGCAGCAAGGGUUACAGUGGGGUCCUUUGUGACCUCGCAACCUUGACCAUUGACUUGUCAGAGACCACCUGGGACCUCGCCAAUAGCCACGUACCGGAGCAUGCCACACCGGCCACUCCAGCCACACCUGCUACCACCACUCAAGUCUUUCAGCCAACCACAGUCCCCACCACUACUCAAGCUCCAUCCACCCUGGAGCCAUGGCAACCCAAACCAGGGCAAAAAGUGGUGGAGAUAUUGUGGGAGGAUCAGCAGAUUACUGAUGAAGCCGAAUGUGUGAGUACCGCAGGAGGUGAGUCUGCCGGAAUGAUGACCGUUUCUUUGGAGGUUGCAGAGGAAACAGCUGUAAAGUUGGUGGGUAAUGUGAGUGGCUCUGCAGUCCUGUGGCAUGUAGGUGAAACUGGUUAUGAGCAGUGCUCUGUUGCAGAUGGCACAAUCAUGUGGUUUCAGCAGAGCUCAGAUGGUCUGGUACUCCCUGACCAGUCCCUGCCAUUCGGACACAACUACUUCAUAAGUGUACUCCAUGUUGGCACAGCCUCUGGUCCGGAGGUCACUCUGAGGCUGCAUCUCAUGGUAAAAACCAAUAACUGCAUGGAGCCCGGCAGCGGUAUCAGCGACCCACAGUGCUCUGGGAAAGGGAAAUGCAUCACUCAGUCCUCUGUGGACACAUUUUACUGCCAGUGUGAGGAUGGAUAUUCUGGAAUCUUCUGUGAGGAGUUUGAUGCAUGCCACCUGAGGCCCUGUGAGAAUGGCACCUGCACUGACCUCAGACAGAGAGAUGAAGGACAAAACUACACCUGUACCUGCCAACCAGGUUUUGAGGGAGACCGUUGUCAGUCUUUGGUGGAUCACUGUGUUUCUGGACCCUGCAGGAAUGGAGCCACGUGCACCAGCAGCCUAGAAGGACAUCACUGCUAUUGCGCAGAAGGCUAUCAAGGUGCCAAGUGUGAGCAGAAGAUUGAUCCCUGUGCUUCAGGGCCAUGCCACAAUAAUGCCAGCUGCUCUCAACAGGGCACAGGUUUAGGGUUCAGCUGCACCUGUCCUGCAGGUUUUACUGGACCUACCUGUGGCCAGCUGGUGGACUUCUGUGCCCUCAACCCAUGUGCUCACGGCAUCUGCCGCAGUGCUGGUACCAGCUAUAGGUGCCUGUGUGUGCCAGGUUAUCAUGGUCUGUAUUGUGAAGAGGAAUAUAAUGAAUGUUUGUCUGCUCCUUGUCAAAACUAUGCCACAUGCAGAGACCUAAGCAAUGCCUAUGAGUGCAUCUGCGCCCCACAGUUCACAGGGAAGCACUGUGAGAUAUAUAAGGAUCCAUGUCAGAAGCUGAGGUGCCGGAAUGGUGGACUCUGUGAAAGUGGAGGCAGCAACGCAUCCUGUCUGUGUCCACCAGGAUACAUGGGUGAGAACUGUGAGGUGGAUGUGAAUGAGUGUGAGAGUAAUCCCUGUCACCAUGGCGGCACCUGCAUCGACCAGUCCAACGGCUACACCUGUCACUGCCCACCUGGCUGGGUCGGUGGAAGCUGUGAGAUCCAUCUGCAGUGGAAGAUGACUCAGCCUGUGGACUCACUGACUAACAUGCCGCGUCACUCUCUGUACAUAAUUAUUGGUGCUCUGUGUGUUGCGUUCAUCUUGAUGCUGAUCAUCCUCAUCGUUGGCAUCUGUCGCAUCAGCCGUAUCGAGUACCAGGGCUCGUCCCGUCACACCUACCAGGAGUUUUACAACUGUCGGAGUAUUGACAGUGAUUUCAGUAAUGCUAUUGCCUCCAUUCGUCAUGCAAGGUUUGGGAAGAAAUCUAGACCAGCAAUGUAUGAUGCAACUCCAAUCAGCUAUGAAGAUUACAGCCCAGAUGACAAGCCCCUCGUCGCACUCAUUAAAACGAAAGAUUUGUGAAGCAAUAUAUCUGCAUACUUACACAUAUUACACCACACAUGCACAGGCACUGUUCCAGCCUUUGAAACGAGCCAAUCAUUCAGUAUUAAUUUCUUAAAAUAGGUUAAAAAUAUUAAUCAAACAUGAAGAAACUUUUGAAUUUAACAUAUUUUACCAUUGUAACUCAUAAAUCUUUUAAUACAUAUCAAGCACUAGGAGUGCUACACAGAUUUAGUGUUUAAUGGGUUAGUCGUGGACAAAUGUGCUUUGUUUGCAGACCAAAUAUUUUGUGGAAUGUGAGUAGACGGAUAAGCUAUAUUGCAAAAUUUGUUUGUGAGGGGGGUGUUGAACCUAACCUCCCUACAUCUAGACUCUGAUUAAUGUAUGAUAGCCACAGUUCAAGCAAAAGCUGUAGAAUUAGGAAUAAUAGAGCUCUUUAUAGUGCAGUUAUACUGUAACUUUAUACAGAAGAUGAAAAACUUAGAAGAACAAAAGAUAAGAUGAUGUAUGUUGCCCUAACUGGUGCAUGGAUAGGAUCAAUGGUUUCGGCAUUACUCUGUAACCUUAUGUACAUUGUUGUUUGCUGUUUAUUUAUUGUUCAUUGUAGACUAUUUUGUGUCACCUUGGUAGUAACAAAAUCUUAAGAAUCCACCACUGCUAUUGUAAAGGCAGCACAAAGAAGUGCUUUUAAAUAUAAUAUUAAGUGGUGUCAUUUCACUGCGUAAGUAAUAAAAACAGACAUCCUGAUCUAUA